UUUGGGUUUAUUGGAAAGAUGGAUGGUCUUGAUAGUCUGGCUAAGAUGUUGGCCUUAUUACAAUCUAUGUGACGGCCUCAGUGCUUGUGUUUCUUGCCCUGUCAGACUUUGCUGUAGCGAUGUCAUCGCGUUCCAAGCAUUUGUUAUGUCGGCAGCAGCAGCAUGUUCAGGUGGAGGCUCCCCCAGGCAGUGUGUGCGCUGUCGGCGUGCGUGUGUCUGAUUCUCGCGUACGAGGAUGAUAUUGAGGUCAACUACGCUGACACCUACUACAAUGAAAUCUCAGAUGCAGAGACGCCAGAACCCACACCGAGUCAAACACCCUGCACUUCUCGAGACUUUUCCAAAUGGGACAAAAUCUUUGCAAUGCUGGAAAACAGUCAAAUGAGAGAGAACAUGCUGCUUCAGUAUGCAAAUGACAUCAUCAAGGUGGAGAUGACUUCACUGCGUGAAGAAUUGCUCAGGUUUGUAGGUCAGUACGGUUACUCCUGCGGGGUCGCAUUGGAGUCAGCAGGAAAAAAGAUGGCCAUGCAGAUGGAAGGCCGCAUCAGAGAAACCAUGGAGCGCCUCAAACCCAGAGAUCAGACUGUUGCUGCUGUCGAGAAUUCUAACCACCUGGAGGCGAUGCUGCAGCAGCUCCUCUCCGCAGCACAAAUGCAAACUUCCCGACUUGCCAAGCUGGAGACCAGCUGCUUCAGCGGCCCAGGAGCGGGGAUGGGGUUGAAUGCAAAGCCGGGAUCACAGCUACCAGAAGAAGCUGGGGGGGCAGGGCUCCGGGAGCAAGAGGUCACAUCACAAGAGGUGGCUUUGGAAGGGGUGCUGGCUGCAAUGCAACAGAUUAGGGUGGAACUGGGGGAGGUGCUGAGGUCAUCGAGGCAAAGAUUACUACCCGCAGGUUAUGAGAUGGCGCUCCUCUUCCCCAUGCGUUCCCGUCGAAUCCACACCUCCGUCAUACCAGCCGUCCCCCUCUCCGUCUCCUCCUUCACUGUCUGCAUGUGGGUGAAGCCGACCGCCGUGUCCAACAGGACCGUGCUGUUCUCAUACGGGAACCGUCGCAACCCAUAUGAAAUCCAGCUGCUGCUGGGUCAAACCUCUGCGCUCCUCACCAUCGGAGGAGAGGCUCACCUGGUGGAGGCCCGGGAUGUGGUGAAUCCAGGAGGCCCGUCGGAGUGGAUCCACUUGUGCGGGGCUUGGUCCUCCGAGCAGGGCCUGGCGUCCCUGUGGGCAGGUGGGAGAAAGGUGGCCUCCACUCCCGGAGUGGCGGAGGGACACAUCUUACCCGACGGAGGCUCGCUCCUGUUGGGGCAAGAAAGAAAUGGCUGCUGCCCUCUGUCUCCGAGCAGCGGGAGCGUGGUGACAGGGUUUGAUGGAGGGUUCGAUCCAAAGAUGGCGUUCGCGGGGAAGAUGACAGGAGUGAACAUGUGGGACAAGGUGCUGUCAGAGGAAGAGAUUUCCCAGCUGGCUUUGCGGGAGAGCCAGGGCUGCGAUCGCAGUGGGAACAUGGUGGCGUGGGGAGUGACGGAGAUGGUGCCACACGGAGGCGCUCAGUUCAUUAACUGAAAGGUCCCUCGUGGUGGAACUUUUCAUCAUUGUGAAUACCAGCAACAUCGUGAUAAGCUUUCAUGAUGCAUCUGAAGAGAGCAAUUUACAACCAGCAAUUUACAAUUUAUCAUCGUUGUCCCUAUAGUUAAAUGUUUUCAUUAUUAUGCUACCUUUUUUUCAUCAUCACCUCCGUCGCUAUUAUCAUGAACAAUAAUGCUGCAAUGAACUUUACUGGACAAGUUCAAAGGAGAGAAAACCAAUGUUGUGAGAGACUGACAUUUAUUUUUGUAACACACACACACACACACACACACACACACACACACACACACACACACACACUCUAUCAUUAAAGUGAAUGGGUUGUGAGCCAGUAAACAGAGGAAAAUAAGAGGUCACAGACAAUUACAAGAGAUUAUCUUGCAACUACAGAGUGAUGACGUUUUUAGUGUAACGGUGGCCUUUUAUCUCUUUCUACCUAGAUGUGUACAGAAAUAGCUAGUGCAGUUAUUCAAUUAUCAAUUUAAAACAUGUUAAGCAUUAAUAUAACAGAAUAUUUUGUUUUCUACUUCUCUUGUAGGUACAAUUAUUAGAUGUUUCGAGAUUGACUGUCAUCUAGCCCAGUUACAAUUGAAAGCAGAGGUACCACAUUAAUGUGUUAUUAAUGUGUUUUCAUGUGCAGUGCAACAUAUAAUGUAUAACAUACCUGACCCGACUGAAAGAUUGCUUUCAUGCAUGGACAACCAGCAACUGCAGAAACAGCUUCAGAUAUUUUUAUUACCAAUUUAUUAAUUCACUCUCAUAAUAUUCUUGAAUUUCUGAAAGCUUUUAGAGCAUUUUUAAGACCUUACAUUUCCAAACAUAACUAAAGUGUUUACAUUCAUAUGAGUUAUAUAAUUCCAGUUCUGCUCUGUUUCUUUUUUUUUUACAGUUAUAUUUGUGUGUUCUUUUUUUGACCGUGAUAUUUGUAAUGUGAAAUUGACAUCGUUUUUUUGUCAUUGUUAAAAAGAAACUGAGGAGAAUGUUUACACACUAAUCGUUCAUGAACGGAGUUGUCUUGUAUUAUAAUGUAAAUUGCUUUUAAAGUUCUUGUGAAAAGGUGAAAAUGAAUGUAUUUUGUACAUAAAUAUAUUUUGCAUAACAUGACUGGAUGAAUGGAGAGUGAGAUAUGAAUAAACAUUUCAAGUUAUAAUAUA